AUGGUCGAACAGAAUCCCCACAAGGACUACGACCUCACAACCCCAAUCACCUCCACAUGUGGACUUCGUCAGGGCCUAACAUCAUACGGAGAUGCCCAUUUCUCCCUCUUUCUUCGCAAGGUGUUUAUCAAGGCACUUGGAUAUUCAGAAGACGCGCUUUCACGUCCAAUCGUAGGUAUCAUCAACACUUUCUCGGGGUUCAAUCCCUGCCAUGCCAAUGUGCCCCAGCUUGUUGAGGCGGCCAAGCGCGGCGUGCAACUUAAUGGAGGACUAGCGAUAGAAUUUCCGACCAUCAGUGUUGCCGAGUCAUUCUCGCAUCCAACCAGCAUGUUCCUGCGGAAUCUGAUGAGCAUGGACACGGAGGAGAUGAUCCGGGCUCAGCCGUUGGAUGCUUGUAUAAUGAUCGGGGGUUGUGAUAAAACCGUUCCUGCUCAGUUGAUGGGUGGCAUCUCUGCUAACAAGCCAAUCCUCCCACUGAUCACCGGUCCAAUGAUGCCAGGAAGCCACCGCGGUCAGCGCAUUGGAGCCUGCACUGAUUGCCGAAACAACUGGGCGGCUUUUCGAGCGGGCGAAAUUGACAUCGAGGAAAUCUCGGCCAUCAACGAAGAGCUUGCUCCAACGAUAGGGACAUGCGGUGUCAUGGGCACCGCUAGUACAAUGGCUUGUGUGACUGCUGCGUUAGGAAUGAUGCCGCUUCGGGGCGCAACUGCACCGGCGGUAUCAUCCGCAAGACUACGAAUUGCUGAGGAGACUGGCGCAAAUUCAGUUGCAAUUGCAAAGUCUAAGAGAAAGCCACAAGAAGUGUUGACCAAGGAAUCGUUCUGGAAUGCCAUCACAGUGCUUCAGGCUAUCGGGGGUUCGACAAACGCCGUUGUUCACCUGCUCGCUAUUGCAAACAGGCAUCCAGAACUGCAGGGAGUCAUCACUUUAGAUACUAUUGAGGAGAUUGGCCGCAAUACCCCACUGUUGAUUGAUCUCAAGCCGAGUGGAGAUAACUAUAUGAAUGAUUUUCACAAUGCAGGAGGCAUGGUGGCGCUGUUGCAGGUGCUUCGCCCCUUGCUCCAUCUAUCUGCUGUGACAAUUACUGGGCAAACUCUUGGCCAAGUCCUCGAUGCGUCCCAGUCUAAGCAACUUUCCUUUGCGCAACAGAUUAUUCGGCCAAUGUCGGAUCCUUUGUUUCCCGCGUCAUCCUUGGCUGUUCUGCGUGGCAAUCUUGCCCCAGACGGAGCGGUUCUCAAAGCCUCAGCGUCAAAAUAUCGGCACUUACUCUCACACACCGGACCGGCUGUAGUAUUUGAGAAUUCGGCCGACCUUGCUCAGCGAAUCGAUGAUCCAAUCCUUGGUGUGACGAAGGAUAGUGUGCUGGUCUUGAAAAACAUUGGUCCGGUUGGCAAUCCUGGUAUGCCAGAGGCUGGUCUCAUACCGAUUCCAAAGAAGUUAGCAGAGGCAGGAGUUAAGGAUAUGCUACGGCUUUCCGAUGGUCGAAUGUCAGGGACCGCAGGCGGAACCAUUAUCCUGCAUAUCUCGCCUGAAGCUGCGCUGCCAGAGUCGCCAUUUGGCGUGGUGGAGACCGGUGACUUGAUUAUCUGCGAUAUCGAGACUAGGAGAUUGCAUUUAGAAGUUUCCGAAGCAGUAUUGCAGACUCGAAUCAAACGUAGACAGAGUCUUAUAGGAGAGUCACGGGCAAGAAAGCAGAGCAGAGGCUACCGCGGGUUGUAUGAGCGAUCGGUGAAUCAGGCACAAGAGGGAGCAGACUUUGAUUUUCUAACAGCACGAGGUGCCAGCAUGUAG